ACCAUUUGGUUGGGAGCAACGUGCGCGCCGGUUCACGUAACUUUUCACCGGGAUUUCAUAAUUAUUGUUAAUAACUCGAGAAAUACUAGUUAUUUACGAUUUGUUCAGGUCGUUAACUGAAUUAAAAAAUCCUCCAUUAUCGGAGACAAUGGCGCAAAGUAAACUAAAUGACCUGGCUGGUCGAUUCAGCAAGACUCCUGGGGGCAUGAACAUGGGGUUAAAGUUCCUGGCGGCCGCAGGAGUUGCUGCCUAUGGAGUUUCGCAGUCCAUGUACACAGUUGACGGUGGUCACCGUGCCAUAAUCUUCUCCCGCUUGGGCGGAAUCCAGAAGGACAUAUUCACAGAGGGACUGCACUUCCGUAUCCCCUGGUUCCAGUACCCAAUUAUCUACGACAUCAGAAGUAGACCAAGAAAAAUCUCAUCGCCGACAGGUUCCAAGGAUCUGCAGAUGGUUAACAUCUCCUUGAGGGUUCUUUCACGUCCGGAUGCCAGUAUGCUCCCAACUAUGUAUCGACAAUUGGGCCAAGAUUACGACGAAAAGGUUUUGCCUAGCAUUUGUAAUGAAGUUCUGAAGUCUGUCGUCGCUAAGUUCAAUGCAUCCCAACUGAUUACAAUGCGUCAGCAAGUGUCAACCCUGGUGAGAAAAGAAUUGACCGAGAGAGCUAAGGAUUGGAACAUUGUCCUUGAUGAUGUGUCAAUUACGGAGUUGAGUUUCGGAAAGGAGUACACAGCUGCUGUCGAAGCUAAACAGGUCGCCCAGCAGGAAGCUCAACGAGCUGCGUUUGUUGUCGAACGUGCCAAACAGGAAAAACAACAAAAGAUUGUGCAGGCGGAGGGAGAGGCUGAAGCUGCCAAAAUGUUGGGUCUAGCAGUCUCCCAGAAUCCAGGAUAUCUCAAACUCCGGAAAUUACGUGCGGCUCAAAGUAUUUCUCGCACGAUUGCCACUUCCCAGAAUAGAGUAUACCUCAACGGCAAUAAUCUCAUGCUGAACAUCCAGGAUCCAUCUUUCGAUGUUGCAUCAGAAAAAUUGAAAAGUAUCGAUGAAAAAUGGUCGAAUUUAUUGGGAAAUGCCGCCUCGAACAGUUUUAAAUUUGUCGAAAAGUCCAGCGAUCAAUCAAUAAAAUUUGAUAUUUCACCUGAUACGAAUGAAGAGAAUCCUCUGGAAAGCCCGGCAGUGUUGGAAUUAGCAUCUCACAGUGCCAAGCGGAUAUUUUCAUGAAUAAAUAAUUGUAACAUUUAUUUUUGUAAUGAAAUAUGCGAGCCUAUCUUGCUUUAUUUUUUUCUUUACACAUUUUUUUCAGAUGAAUGAAUUUCCUCACCGCUGUAAAUUACUCUCCAAGGUUGACGAAUCCAAUGAUAAAUCGCGAAACCAAAUAAAAAACUAAAAAAUA